AUGAGACAGGGUCGACAAGUGGCUACCGAAAGCAAUGAAACUUAUAUGGAAAACACAUAUGACCUAGCCAUCGCAAAAAUUGCUUUUCAAAUACAAAGCAGCGAAAAAUCACGUUUCGAUAAUUUAUUCAUUCAUUUUGGUUCAUUUCACAUAAUGAUGGCUUAUUUUAAAGCUAUUGGAAAAUUUAUCGAUAAUUGUGGUAUAACUAAUGUGAUGAUAAAUGCACAAGUGCUAGCUAGUGCUUCUGUCAAUACUUUUAUAACAGGUCAACACUUUAAUCGUUGUAAGAGACUACAUCCCCUACUCUCAUUAGCUCUCCAAUCGAUACAUUUUGAAAAGUUUUUAAACACAAAAAACAUGGAAGUUACUGAUGAAAUUAGACAAUAUUUGAUUCAGUUUAAAUCAGAAAAAUCUACUGAUCCAGAAAUUAAUAAUAACAAAUUAAUAGAAAUAUUGGAAAAAUAUGAAAGAUAUCAACAACGAACACUAGAAGGCAAACAUGGAAAAACUGCCCACUCUUAUAUGAUAUAUAUUAAUUUAAUUAAUUAUUACUUUUUAUUAUGUAAAAGCAUUAGAAAGCCUGAUUUUGAAUUAUUUAAAUUUAUAUUUCCAAAAAUUAACAAUAUAUAUUUAUCGUGAUAUAAACGGUAUAUAUUAUCACGAUAUACCGUUUUAUAUCACGAUAAAUUAAUGAAAGUAGCUACAUCUCAUC